AUGAUGAACAUCUACUCUAGGGCAAGCCAGGUCAUUGUAUGGCUUGAAGAGUCGAUAGAGGGUACCUACUCAGGCGACACGAGCCAGGCAAUCGAGGAAAUAGGCCGUGCUGCGGAUGGCCGGUUGACCAAGUCUUCAAAUGACAAGGCGAUACGCAAGAUUCUUCAACGAUCGUGGUUCCAGCGCAUAUGGGUGCUCCAGGAGGUUGCCGCUGCUAGGCACGUCCUGAUCAUGUGUCAUUCCAUAGAGAUUGACGGAGACGCAUUCUGCGCCGGGUUAACAGCCUUGAAUCUAACCCUCAAAGACCCAGAACUACAGAACCGAAUCCGUUCAGCGAUAUACCUUAUAAAAAACGCCGGUCUCCGGCCUAAGCAUAUCGCUGGUAGCUUUGACAAAUUUUCUCUUGACAGACGCUCCAUGGGGGAAUUGGUAGACAUGUACCACAACCGCGAUGCCAAGGACUGGCGAGAUAAAAUUUAUGCUUUGCUGGGUAUGGGUGUAGAAAUUCCGCCUGGUCUGACGCCUAACUACAAUACUCCGUGGAAAGACCUCUUUCAUAAACUAGUCUCUUCCUUUACUGGAGAACAAGCAUCUAUCAAAACCUGGAACAAUCAGGACUUCGCAAUAAUCAAGACUCACGGGCGUGUGAUUGGUACGGUAUCCUCUAUAUCAACUUCUGAUGCGUGGGACGAUAAACAUAAUGUGGGUGUGAAUAUUCACCUAGAGAAAGACUCUGACUCUGACUCUUAUUAUAAAGAAGAGCACAGCGUCUGGACCAUGCAAGCUUCCGCGAAGCUCAUUUGUCGGGAUGAUAUCAUUUGCUUUGUGCCAGGUGCAUCGAACCCCAUGAUCGUCAGGCCAUGCGAGGAUUAUUUUGAUGUUAUUAUAAUUGCCGCUACUCCUAGGCAUCUAUCUUUGACUUCUUGUAGAUGGCCAGAAACCUCUCCUCACCGUGAACUUCUACUUCUUUGGAACUGGGGACUUUCUCCAGAAACCCUAGGUGACUACGAAGGGUUCCUAAAUGGUCGAGUUCCUGGAUACAUGGAUCACCUAGGGAAAGCAGCCAGAUUGCAUUGUAUCGGGCAGCUAUUCAAAGAUGCAGGGCUAUAUCGUGACGCGGUCGAUAGAUUUGAAAAAUCAAUAGAAGCUUACCAUACUCCACACGGAGGGACUUACCUACAGUCUUUACCUACGAGUACGACAUACAGCCUGGAGCGGAAAGCUGAAAAGUUGGCAGUGGCAGCUGAUAUCUUAGGGCGAAGAGGAGAUUACGUUGAGGUGACAGAGCACGGAAUAAUCCAGAUUGCAGAACUACAUGACACCCAAAUGAUGAAGCUUCUUCAGCACCACCAUGAUGGUCAAAUUCCUAUCACUGAGGAUAUUUUAAAGGCGGCGGUGGGAAAUAGCAGCAGUGGCGAGGCAUUGACGAAACUACUUCUCAGCCAGUCCAGCGACAUUAACCUUAUUACCGAGGAGGUGAUGAAGACGGCCGCGUUGAAACAUGGAAACAGCCUAGCAGUGAUGAAGCUACUUCUCAAUUGGUGCGGAGACCAAGCUCCUGUUACAGAAGAGGUGGUCAAGGCGGCAGCGGCAAAUGACGGUACCGGUUAUGAGAUAAUACAACUACUUCUCAACCGGUACGGAGACCGGGUACCUAUUACCUUGAAAAUAGUGCAAUAUAUCGCCAAGAACUGUCGUGUAAAAGUCAUGGAACUACUUCUUGAUCGGUUUGGAGACCAGAUCCCUGUUUCCGAAGAGGUGAUGCUUGCAGCGGCAAGAAAUACGAAAGACUUUGCAAUGAUGAGAUUACUUUUCGAACGGCGUGGAUUCUCCAUCACCCGAAAAAUUAGAAAACCGCUUAUUGAAAGAUAUUGCACUUUGGAAGACAGGAAGCGUUUCAUUAGCCAGUAUGGUCAUCAAUUACCACUUACCAAUGAGGUGGUGACGAUGGCGGGUUCACGCUAUGCCAAAGACUUAAUGGUACUGCUUCUUGACAGGAGCCAAGAUCAGAAUACUAUCACCGAGCGAGCAAUGAAACACAUAUUGUACGAGUUUAUCGGAAUUGGAGAUGUAAUAAAGAUGCUUCUUGACCGGCACGGUGAUCAAAUCCCUGUUACUGAAAGGAUUGUAAAAAUUAUUACAGAGAAGUAUGACAGACAGAUCAUGAAACUGCUUCUUGACAGGCGUGGAAAUGAAAUUCUUUUUACCAAAGAAGUGCUGGAGGCGGCAGCGAAAAACAAAUCGAGUGGAGAAGAGGUAGUGAUGGAGCUGCUUAAACGAUACCAAAACCAGGUUUCCGUCAAUACAGACGUGGCGAAGUUCAUUGCUGGGCAUUUCAAUGAACAAGUGAUGAGAUUCUUUCUUGACCUGUGUGGGGAACAGGUGCCUAUCGACGAAGAGGUGAUGAAAGCAGCAGCAGAGAAUCGGUAUGGGGAAAAAGUAAUAACAGUGCUUAUUAGUCGGCAAAAACAGACUCCUAUUACCGAAGAGGUGGUAAAGGUGGCCGCAAAAAAUGCCUCUAGUGGUAUAUUCGAAUCACUUCUCAACUGGCUUGGAGACCAGGCCCCUAUCACCAAAGAGGUGGUAGCAGCAGCAGUAGGAAAUGAAGCGACUGGAGACAGACUUUUACUAUUUCUUCUUGAUAAGUAUGGGGACCGGGCCCCUGUUACCAAGGAGGUAGCGACAAUAGCAGCAAGAAAUAGGAAUUACGGGAUUGAACUACUAACACUGCUUCUUGAUAGAAGAGGAGAUCAAGUCCCUAUUAAUGAAGAGGUGAUGAUAGCAGCAGCAAGAAAUGAGAAUCACGGAGUCAAACUGAUAACGUUGCUUCUGGAUGAGCGUGGAGACCAGGUUUCGAUCACUGAAGAGGUGGUAACAGCAGCGGCGGGAAAUUAUAAAAGCGGCAAAGAGAUAAUGACUAUACUUCACGACCGACGAGACCAUACACCUAUUACAGAAGGGGCGGUAAUAGCUGCGGCAGAAAACCAGUCUUGGGAUAAAGAAGUACUGGGACUGCUGCUUAACUGGCGCGGAGACGAGACCCCUGUCACUGAGUCUGUGGUAAAAGCAGCGGCAGGGAAUAAGAUCAAGGGUUGGAGGCUAUUGGGAAUGCUCUUCGAUUGGUUCGGAGACCAAACCCCUACUUCAGAAGAGGUGGUAAAAGCAGCAGCGGCAAACCGCGGCGAUGAAAAAGUGAUGGAACUGCUUCUCGACCGGGGCGGACCCCAGCUUCCCAUUACCGAGGAAGUCAUUAAAGCGGCGGCAGGAAACUCCUUUAGGGGCGAGCAAGUGAUGAAACAACUACUUUUCCGCAGAGAGGAAGUGGUCAAGGCUGCAGCUGGCAAUAGGCGGAAGGGAGAAAAGGUUACUGCCUUUCUUCUUCGCGAACACGGGGAUGAGAUUAUUGUGACUGAUGAUAUCAUGAAGGCUGCUGCAGGGAACGAGGAGAGUGGAGAGGAAGUGAUGGCUUUACUUCUUGACCAUCGCGGAGACUAG